AUGUCGCCUUCGCAUGUCGCCAUCCCACCGCGGGAUAAAGGUGCUGUGAGCGCCCUGGGCGUAUCCAAGAGCCCUCACAUGGCCACCACUACUCUCCGAGUAGGUGGCAUGACAUGCGGAGCAUGUACAUCGGCUGUGGAAGCAGGCUUCCAAGGUGUUGCUGGUGUGGGCAGCGUCUCCGUCAGUUUGGUCAUGGAGCGCGCCGUCGUCACACACAGCACUCGAAUCAUCUCGGCCGACCAGGUCCGAGAGAUUAUUGAAGACCGAGGCUUCGACGCCCAAGUCUUGUCCACCGACUUACCGAGCCCUUGCGUCACCCGCUUCAGUGAAACUGAAGGACCUCCGAGCAGCAGUACAAGUGUCACGACAACUAUUGCCGUCGAGGGUAUGACUUGCGGCGCAUGCACGUCUGCCUUGGAAGCGGGCUUCAAAGGUGUCCCUGGAGUUCACACGUUCAGCGUAUCGUUGUUAUCGGAAAGAGCCGUCGUUGAACACGACCCGUCGCUACUUUCACCGCAACAAGUUGUCGACAUCAUCGAGGACCGGGGCUUCGGUGCCAAUGUUGUUGAUACAGUUCAGCCGUCGUUGCCCGCUGCCGGCAGGCAGGCAGUCGAUGACAAGACCGAAAGCAACAUUGCAAUCACGACGGUGGCCAUCGAGGGCAUGACCUGCGGAGCGUGCACAUCGGCCGUCGAGGCUGCUUUCAAGGGUGUCGGCGGUGUCUUGAAAUUCAACAUUAGCUUGCUCGCGGAGCGAGCAGUCGUUACCCACGAUGCCACCAAGCUCUCCGCCCAGCAAAUCGCGGAAACAAUCGAAGACCGAGGCUUUGACGCCACCGUCCUCUCGACUCAGCUUGACACGGGCGAUCUGGGGCCCCUAGUGUCGACGGCGUAUUUCAAGCUGUACGGAGUCCCAGACGCCGCCGUGGCAGAGGCCGUGGAAAGCAGGCUAGCUGCUCUUCCCGGAGUCAAGUUUGUCUCGAUUAGCUUAUCCACGGACCGACUUACGGUCACCCAUCAGCCUGGCAUCGUGGGGCUUCGUGGCAUUGUCGAAGCCGUGGAGAAGGAAGGCCUCAACGCCUUGGUGGCAGAUGGCCAGGAUAACAAUGCCCAGCUCGAGUCCCUUGCCAAAACCAGGGAAAUCAACGAAUGGCGGACCGCUUUCCUGACGUCGUUGACGUUUGCGGUGCCCGCCUUUGUUAUGGGCAUGGUCUUGCCCAUGUAUCUCCCGAGCCUCGACUUUGGCAAUCUUAUGUUGGUUCCAGGCAUCUAUCUGGGCGACGUUGCGUGCCUUGUGCUCACCAUACCCGUGCAAUUCGGCAUUGGAAAGCGGUUCUACGUGUCGGCAUACAAGUCCAUCAAGCACGGCUCGCCCACAAUGGAUGUCCUCGUCACUCUCGGCACAUCCAGUGCCUUUUUCUUCAGCGUCGCCGGCAUGGUCGUCUCCAUGCUGUCGCCCCCUCACACAAGACCCAGCACCAUCUUUGAUACGAGCACCAUGCUGAUCACCUUCAUCACGCUGGGGCGGUUUUUGGAAAACAGGGCAAAGGGACAGACGUCCAAGGCCCUGUCUCGUCUCAUGUCGCUGGCUCCCUCGAUGGCCACAAUCUACGCCGACCCCCUUGCCGCCGAAAAGGCCGCCGAGACAUGGGCAAGGUCCGCUGAGCAGGCACGGACGAGGAGCCCCUCCGAGACGUCCGGCAAGCAGGGCGCAGAGCCCGAGCACGGAGGCUUGUCCGCCCACGGAGAAGAAAAGUCGAUCCCGACGGAGCUGCUCCAAGUCGGCGACAUUGUCAUCAUCAGACCAGGCGAUAAGAUGCCCGCGGAUGGCAUCGUCGUUCGCGGAGAAACCUACGUGGACGAGAGCAUGGUUACCGGAGAGGCCAUGCCAGUGCAGAAGAAACCCGGCCAAAAUGUCAUUGGAGGAACCGUCAAUGGCAACGGGAGGGUCGAUUUCCGGGUCACGCGCGCCGGCCGUGACACGCAGCUCAGCCAGAUCGUGAAGCUGGUGCAGGAUGCGCAGGUGAACCGGGCACCCAUUCAGCACAUCGCCGACAAGCUGGCCGGCUACUUUGUCCCGACAAUCCUGACCCUCGCUCUCGGCACGUUUCUGUUCUGGAUGGUGGUGAGCCACGUGUUGCCCGACCCGCCCAAGAUCUUCCUUCAGGCCGCUAGCGGCGGCAGGAUCAUGGUGUGCGUCAAGCUAUGCAUCUCGGUCAUUGUGUUUGCUUGCCCGUGCGCGCUCGGCCUUGCCACGCCCACUGCCGUCAUGGUUGGCACCGGGGUUGGAGCCGAGAGUGGAAUCCUGAUCAAGGGUGGUGGUGCUCUGCAAGAGACGGCAAGAGUCACCCAGGUCGUCAUGGACAAGACCGGCACCAUUACGCACGGCAAGAUGAGCGUGGCCAGGACGACGCUCGCUCCCCUCUGGAGGGGCAGCGAGUGGAGAAGGCAUCUGUGGUGGACGAUUGUCGGGUUGGCCGAGGUGGGGAGCGAGCAUCCCGUGGGCAAGGCCGUUCUGGCAGCCGCAAAGGAGGAGCUCGGUGUCGGACCCGACGGCACCAUUGCCGGCAGCGUGGGCGAAUUCAAGAUGACGGUCGGCCGGGGUGUGAAGGCGCUGGUAGAGCCAGCCUCCUCGGCCGACCGGGUGCGAUACAGAGUGCUGGCGGGCAACGCUCGGUACCUACAAGAGAACGGGGUUGAGAUUCCAUGCGAAGCCACCGAGGCGCUGGAGAAGGGCGAGACCGAGUCGUGGAGGAGAGGGACGACGUCUGCCAGCGCAGCAGCUACAUCAGCUACACCAGCAUCAGCAGCAUCAUCAGCAUCAGCAGCAUCAUCAGCAUCAUCAGCAUCAUCAGCAUCAUCAGCAUCAUCAGCAUCAUCAGCAUCAUCAGCAUCAUCAGCAUCAUCGGCUGCUGGCACCACCGACAUUUUCGUCGCGGUGGACGGCAAGUACACGGGCCACGUCUGCCUGGCAGACAUUAUCAAGGACGGGGCGGCGGCCGCCGUGUCGGUGCUGCACCGGAUGGGCAUCAAGACGGCCAUGGUCACGGGCGACCAGCAAUCGACGGCACUCUCCGUGGCGGCCGCGGUGGGCAUACCGGCCGACCAAGUGUUCGCCGGCGUCAGCCCCGACCAGAAGCAGUCCGUCAUCCGGCGGAUGCAGUCCCGGGGCGAGGUCGUGGCCAUGGUGGGGGACGGCAUCAACGACUCGCCCGCGCUGGCGACGGCAGACGUGGGCAUGGCCAUGUCGAGCGGGACCGACGUGGCCAUGGAGGCGGCCGACGUGGUGCUGAUGCGGCCGACGGACCUGAUGAACGUGCCGGCGGCCGUGCACCUGACGCGCGCCAUCUUCCGCCGCAUCAAGCUGAACCUGGCGUGGGCCUGCGUGUACAACCUGGUGGGGCUGCCGAUCGCCAUGGGCUUCCUGCUGCCGUUUGGGAUCCAGCUGCAUCCCAUGAUGGCGGGGCUGGCCAUGGCGUGCAGCAGCAUCAGCGUGGUUGUCAGCAGCCUUGCCCUGCGGCUGUGGCGGCGACCGCGGUGGAUGAACGACGAGGCGGCAGCGGCAGCGGCAGCGGCAGCGGCAGCGGCAGCACAAGGCAAGGGCGGCGGCGGCGGCGGCGGCGGCGGCAGCGUAAGCAGCGUCGUGGUGGGCUGGGUAAAGGAGCUGCUGAUGCUUGGCCGCCGGGGCGCCAGGAGAGAAGAGGGAUAUGUUGCGUUGCAGGAUCUAGAUGCCGAGCUGGCCUAG